CAAUGAGCAGCAGCAUGCCAAUCGCUACGCUCGCAACAUUGCUCUUGUUCUUGCUAUCCACUACAGCGAGUGACGAAAAUACAAGAAAACCAUAUAUUGUCCAUAUGUUGAAAUCAAUGAAGCCCGAGCACUUCAGUUUGCAUGAACACUGGUACCAUUCAAUUCUAACGAAUGCAACUCCGGCUUCCUCCACUUCACGUCCGAGCCUUUUGUUAUAUACAUAUAAUGUACUCCUCCACGGCUUUGCAGCCAAGCUGACCAGUGCCGAGGCUGCAGCUUUGGAGAGCGUGGAUGGUUGUCUGGCUGUGAUUCCAUCUUCUCUCAACAAGCUUCAUACCACACAUUCACCUAAGUUUCUGAGCCUCACCGAUGGCGGAGGACUGUGGUCGCAGCAGUUGAAUCGUGGAGAAGACGUAAUAGUAGGGGUGGUGGACACGGGAAUAUGGCCUGAGAGUGAAAGCUUUCAUGACAAGGGUCUGGGACCUGUUCCUUCCAGAUGGAAAGGCGAAUGUGAAAGCGGAGAGCAGUUCGAUUCCUCCAUGUGCAAUAGAAAACUCAUCGGAGCUCGAUUUAAUUUUUCUGUGGGCUACAAAUCGCAUGUAGGCGAGGAUUUCAUAUCAGCAAGAGACAACAACGGCCAUGGCACACAUACUGCUUCUACUGCUGCGGGAUCUGCUGUAAGGGGAGCGAGCUAUAACGGCUUUGGUAAUGGAACGGCCAUGGGCAUGGCGCCUGCGGCCAGACUGGCAGUGUAUAAGGCUUGCUGGGGACUGGAAGGAACUUGCGAUGACAGUGAUGUAGCUGCUGCUAUGGAAAAAGCCAUCCAAGAUGGCGUCGACAUUAUUUCUAUGUCAAUUGGCUAUGUGUUUGAGAAUCCAUUCUACAUGGAUCAUCAAGCACUGGCAGCGUUCGGUGCCAUAGAGAGAGGUGUAUUUGUUUCCGCCUCUGCUGGCAACCAAGGGCCUGACCCCGAAUCUCUUGCAAACACGGCACCGUGGAUAACUACAGUGGGCUCCAGCAGUAUGGACAGAGAGUUUCUCUCUCCUGUGAAGCUCGGCAAUGGCGAGGCAUUCAAAGGCUCGUCGCUUUACAGAGGACCGGGGAUUCAAAAUCUGCCUCUGGCCUACGAUUUUUGCAGCAACCUUGGUGUCGACCCACACCUCUUGAAAGGUAAAGUUGUGAUGUGCAAUUACCAAGACAAUUCGACAGAAACGGCAAGGCUUCUGAAGGAGGCGGGCGCAGCAGGAAUGAUAAUUGUUAACGAUGAAUUGGACGGUGCCGUCGAUGAGCCUAUUGAGCAACCGUAUUUACCGGCUACGACCGUGAACUCGUCUUCUUCCCGGGGUCCGAGCUUCUCAUAUCCGGACGUUCUUAAGCCGGAUCUAGUUGCGCCAGGUGUCAACAUCUUGGCUGCGUGGAAGGAAGGCGAGUUCAAGAUAGAGUCUGGGACGUCAAUGGCGUGUCCCCACGUCAGCGGCAUUGCAGCGGUCAUACGAGCUUCCCAUCCGACGUGGAGUCCUGCGGCAAUCAGAUCGGCUCUGAUGACUACGGCAUCCACGCUGGACAACACAAAACAGCCCAUGAAGGAUGCACAAACCUUGCAAGCAGCGGACCCGUUUACAAUGGGAGCAGGUCACAUAAAUCCAAGGGCGGCUAUGGAGCCGGGGCUGGUGUACGAUCUGGGUCCUCAAGACUACGUCAAUUAUCUCUGUGGUCGAAACAAGUAUACUAAAAAGCAAAUAGCCCUGCUCACCCACAAUUGGCCUCCCUGCCCCGAAUUGGAAUCGGGUGCAGAUCUUAACUAUCCAUCUUUCUCUGUUAUAUUGAAAUAUGGAGAGCGUGUUCAGAUGAAGAGGAGGACGGUGACCAACGUGGGCGGCGACAAUGCCAUAUACAAAGUGCAGGUGAAGAGCACUCCAAACGUGAAGGUAAGCGUGAAACCAGAUACAUUGGUGUUAAAGAAACGGAAUGCCCAGGCAAGUUAUAAUGUGACAUUCGAAAGCCGAGUGAAAGAGAGCAAGAAAGGAGAGUACGGGGAGAUAACGUGGAAAUGCAUCCAAGGAGGAAAGCACAUCGUUCGUAGCCCAAUUGUAGUUCUCUGGAUUUCGGUUCGAAGAGGAGGAGCUCCAUAA